AUGGCCCACCCCCGCAGAGGGACCAAGGAUGAGCGGCAAACGAUUCCUCCGCAAGCUACGUCAGAUAUGGGGGACAUCUGGCGAUCUUUAAGCAAGAGAAACGACAGUUUGGGAGGGCUAGGUACAUACUAUUUGGUUGAAUCUGGCGUUCCUGGUAAGGCGGAUGAUGACCGAGUUUUUGCCUAUUGUAGCACCGACGCCACUUUGAAUACAGUCAAGUCUCUCGCUCAGAGCCGGCAAAUCGAUGGAUCGCCGCAGCAGUCUGCCGCUAUCCGCCCCGCGGCAGGCCAUUCGGAAUUCACCGCCGGUACUGGCGAUUAUCGCCAAACUCAUCUUAACUUGUUUUCGCAAUCCAUAUACACAUUGUUGGAUAAAAGCCGACGAAUCUCUGUAAAUGACAACUCAUAUAAACUCUAUCGGAUCUGGUGCCACGAAGAUCGUCGUGAUAUGUCCGAGUUUAUCCCCAAUAGUGACACUCGCGAGUCGUUUAAUCGCCCCGUCUUUGGAAGUAUCUAA